AUGAAACGCGGAGAACGGAAUUGGAGAGGGUAACUUUUUCUAUAUAACCGGUCGCUCCACCGGACGUCUCUUCAUAUUCUAACAGUUAUAUACACUACAUACCACAUCCGAGAGUGCAGUUCUCGGUCAGAAAUCAGUUCUCUCACAUCUUCUUAAACAAGAUGAUGUUGGCGCCCAUUAGCCUGGUGGUGAUACUUGCGGCUUUGGUAGCCGCUGAUCCCGCAAUCAGCGAAGUCAGACCUCACAGUAAUCGUCCUGGUAGAUUUUUGUCCCUACCUGUGCCACAAAAAUGCGCGAAUCGGCCAAAGGAGUUCAGCUUUGGUGGGCAUAAUUACUUCUACAGUGGGCACGUUCCUGCCCAUUCAAAUCUCAAAGUUGACUGGCUGGACGCAAGGAAUAUUUGCCGAGAAUACUGCAUGGACUUAGUAUCCAUGGAAAGUCAAGAAGAGAACAAUUUGAUCUUCAGACUUAUUCAACAGAACAACGUGCCAUACAUUUGGACUUCUGGUCGUCUCUGCGACUUCAAAGGUUGUGAGAACCGUCGUGAUCUCGAACCCAAAGCUCUGUACGGGUGGUUCUGGUCAGCAAAUAGGGAGAAGAUGGCACCUACCAAUCAAAUUCCUAACGCAUGGGGAUACAACCCCUGGUCCCAGACUGGACACAAGAAGACUCGCCAGCCCGAUAAUGCUGAGUUUGACAUUAAUGGCACCAAUGAAUCCUGCCUUUCCGUUCUGAACAAUGUCUACAAUGAUGGAAUAGCGUGGCACGAUGUUGCCUGCUAUCACGAAAAGCCUUUCGUCUGUGAAGAUUCACAGGAACUUUUGAGUUAUGUCAAGAGCACCAAUCGUGGAAUUAAUCUAUAAUCAGAUCACUUCUAAUAAGUUGUCAUAAACUUCUUGAAUUGAGGCAGUAACAAUUAGGCAGUUUGUUGCCGUUACGCAAAACAUUGUUCAUACACAUAAAAAUUUUUCAGAAAACAUCAUUGCAAUCAUAUCUGCAUAGCUAUUUUCUAUCGCAUCUAAAAAUUGAAAUGAAGGCUGUCUAUAAUCUUAAUAUGCUUACGUUAAUUCACACAUGGAUGACUAUAAAUUAGCCGUCUCAUUAUAAACGUUACACGUAUACGUGAUGGCAAAAUCAAUUUUAGUAAUCAAUGUAUGUAAAUAAUGUAAUUGGAGAUUGAUUCCAUAGAGUUGAAACUGCAAUAUCAAUAAGUUACCAGUGUGGCCAGUUUUGGAAACCCUGAUCAUAUAUUAUCACUGAAAUACGAUAUUUUCUAUUGAGACCACAUAAAA